CGCGCGGGGAGCGGCGGGCCGGGGCGACGCGCGGUGGCCGGGGCGCUGCGGGCGCGGCGGGGACGCGGCCCGGGAUGCCUGCCCGGGGCGCCCCUCUGGCGCCUCUGCUGCUGCUGUCUCUGCACGAAGGCGUCUCCUUCCAAGCAGCACUUAGGGUGCCCAGGGACCACUCCUGGAGAUAUUUGGCUGGAUGAUUUAAAGCUAGGACUGGAGAAUCAUAGCUUCUCAGGCCCUGUGGUUCUGGGAACUGCCACCCUGCUGGUCCCAAGGGCCAGGUGUCGCUACGUCCCUGGAGGUCUCGGAGAGCCCCGGGAGUGUGCAGGUAGCUCGAGGCCAGACAGCAGUCCUGCCUUGUACCUUCACCACCAGCGCCGCCCUCCUUAACCUCAAUGUCAUUUGGAUGGUCAUUCCUCUCGCCAAUGCUAACCAACCCGAGCAGGUCAUUCUGUAUCAGGGUGGACAGAUGUUUGACGGCGCCCCCAGGUUCCAUGGGAGGGUUGGAUUUACAGGCACCAUGCCUGCCACCAACGUCUCCAUCUUCAUCAACAACACCCAGCUGUCAGACACAGGCACCUACCAGUGUUUGGUCAACAACCUGCCAGACAGAGGAGGCAGGAACAUUGGGGUCACUGGUCUCACAGUUCUAGUUCCUCCUUCUGCUCCACACUGCCAAAUUCAAGGGUCCCAGGAUAUAGGCAGUGAUGUCGUCCUUCUCUGCAGCUCAGAGGAAGGCAUUCCUCGACCAACUUACCUUUGGGAGAAAUUAGAUAACACCCUCAAACUACCUCCAACAGCUACUCAGGACCAGGUGCAGGGAACCGUCACCAUCCGGAACAUUAGUGCUCUGUCUUCAGGUCUGUACCAGUGUGUGGCUUCUAAUGCCAUCGGAACCAGCACCUGUCUUUUGGAUCUCCAGGUUAUUUCCCCCCAACCCAAGAGCUUUGGACUAAUUGCUGGAGCCAUUGGAAGUGGUGCAGUUAUUAUCAUUUUUUGCAUUGCACUAAUUUUAGGAGUAUUCUUUUAUUGGAGAAGCAAAAAUAAAGAGGAGGAAGAGGAAGAAAUUCCCAAUGAAAUAAGAGAGGAUGACCUUCCACCCAAAUGCUCCUCUGCCAAAGCAUUGCACACCGAGGUAUCCUCCUCCGAAAACAACACGCUGACCUCUUCCAACACCUACAACAGCCGAUACUGGAGCAGUAAUCCCAAAGUCCACAGGAACAUGGGGUCAUUCAACCACUUCAGCGACUUGCGCCAGUCCUUCUCUCUGCACUCGGGCACCGCCACCGUUCCAUCCAUCUAUGCCAAUGGGAAUCAUCUCGCCCCCGCGCCGCAAAAGACUCUGGUGGUCUCGGCCAACAGAGGGUCCUCACCACAAGUCGUGUCCAGGAGCAACGGCUCAGUCCCCCGGAAGCCUCGACCCCCCCAUGCACAGACUUACACGGUCAGCCAGGCUGCCCUGGAGCGGAUUGGUGCUGUGCCCGUCAUGGUGCCAGCCCAGAGCCGGGCUGGGUCUCUGGUGUAGACUGUGGGUAGGGAAGAAUCAAUGGGAUUCUCCCCCCACCCCAGGGGAGUGUGGGAUCGAGGAGUGCUGCCAAAGGAACACUUCAUGGAUAACAAGAAUAGCAAAAAGCGGAGGAGGAGGCAGUGAGUUUUCCCGGUCACCAAGAUUUGUGCAGUGAAUAUUCCAUGAAAGAACGGUGUCCCCACUGCCAUGUUCCAGGAUUCUGUUCACAAAGAUGGAUCUUAAAGAUGUGCCAAGCCAAGGUGGGGGG